CAUCAACAAGAAUGCGAAACUUCAUGCGGACUGUCACUUCGAAUCGGUCGUCUCAGUAAGAGGGAUGGGAGUCCUACCAGGGAGAAGCCCUUUAUCUUUGCUUUUCUUCAUUAUUCUCUUGUUGGAGGGACAUUUUCGAUGGGUUGAGGCCCAGCACUGUGUGUGGUAUGGCGAGUGCGGGGAGUCCGAAAAGGUGCCCGGAAAGAAAUACAACUGCAACUACACCGGUCCUCCCAAACCACUGCAGCACGAGGGUUACGAACUUCUCACGGAGCUUUGUCCUGGAUAUGACUAUGACAACCGAAGCCUCUGCUGUGAUAUGAACCAGCUGAACACUCUCAAAGGAAGUCUCCAGCUGCCCCUUCAGUUCCUGUCUCGUUGUCCCGCCUGUUUCUUCAACCUGAUGAACCUCUUCUGUGAGCUGACAUGCAGCCCUCACCAGAGUCAGUUCAUGAACGCCACCAAGAUCGAAAAAGGCAACGUGGUGGAAGUGCAGUACUACAUUGGACAGACAUUUGCUAAUUCCAUGUACAAUGCCUGUAAGGACGUCCAGGCACCAUCCAGCAACGUGAAGGCCUUAUCACUGCUGUGUGGGAAGGACGCAAAGGACUGCAAUGCUACCAACUGGAUCCAGUAUAUGUUUGAUAUCAACAAUGGACAGACUCCCUUUCCUAUCCUCCCAAUAUUCACAGACGCCCCUGUGUCUGGUUAUACUCCCAUGACCAACAAGACGUUCGCCUGCACAGAGGGCCUGGAUGACGGGUCGGGCCCCUGCUCCUGUCAGGACUGCACAAACGCUUGCGGGCCCAGACCUGCUCCUCCCCCCCUCCCCCCUCCCUGGCUGAUCCUUGGUAUGGACGCUAUGACCGUCAUCAUGUGGAUCUCAUACAUGGCCUUCCUGCUUAUCUUUAUUGGAGCUGUAAUAGGAGUCUGGUGUUACCGGAAAAGAACUGUCCUUUCUGAAUACGGCCCCAUAUUGGACAGCAAUAACCCUUUGUCUCUCAACGGGGACAAUCCUGAACAAGUAAAUGCAUCAUGCUGUGAAACCUUGGGUGAACGCUUCGAGAACUCUCUGCGGACCCUCUUCACCUCCUGGGGCUCCUUCUGCGUGCGGUACCCCUCUGUGGUCAUUCUGGGGAGCCUGAUACUAGUGGUGGCCUCCUCUGGGGGCCUGAUCUACAUGCGCAUCACCACAGACCCUGUGGAGCUGUGGUCGUCUCCGAGCAGCCAGGCCCGGCAGGAGAAGGACUACUUUGACAGCCACUUCGGACCCUUUUUCCGAACAGCGCAGCUCAUCAUAACCACUCCAAUCGUCGACCCUUUUCUCUACUCUCCAUACUUUGGAGGAUCUGAUGUCCCAUUCGGAGCCAUCCUGCGUAAAGACAUCCUGCACCAGGUGCUGGAUCUGCAGCUCCAGAUAGAAGACAUCGUAGCCACAUACGAGGGCCAAGACGUGACUCUAAAGGACAUCUGCUUGGCUCCGCUGGCUCCGUACAAUAACAACUGCACCAUCUUGAGUGUCCUCAACUACUUCCAGAACAGCCAUGAAGUGCUGGACCACCUCAAAGGAGACGACUUCUUUGUCUAUGCUGACUUUCACAGCCACUUCCUCUACUGUGUCAGUGCACCAGCAUCCCUCAACGACACCACUCUCCUCCACGACCCGUGUUUAGGAACCUACGGUGGGCCCAUCUUCCCUUGGCUGGCCCUUGGGGGUUACGAUGAAACCAACUACAACAACGCCACUGCUCUCGUGAUCACCUUCCCCCUCAACAACUACCUGAAUGACACAGUGAGGACGGGCAAAGCUCGGGCAUGGGAGAAAGAGUUCAUCGAUCUCAUGAAGAACUUUCAAAAUCCCAACCUCACCAUAGCCUUCAGUGCUGAGAGGAGUAUUGAAGACGAGAUAAACAGAGAAAGCAACAGUGACAUCAGCACCAUAGUAGUCAGCUAUGCCAUUAUGUUCAUCUACAUCUCCCUGGCCCUGGGGCACAUCCACAGCAUUAGGAGAGUGAUGGUGGACUCUAAGAUUUCUCUGGGUAUCUCGGGGAUCCUGAUUGUGCUCAGCUCUGUGUCCUCCUCACUGGGGCUCUUCAGCUAUUUCGGCAUCCCCCUCACCCUCAUUGUGAUCGAGGUCAUUCCUUUCCUGGUGCUGGCUGUUGGAGUGGACAACAUCUUUAUUAUAGUGCAGACAUAUCAGAGGGAUGAGCGGAUGCCUCAUGAGGAACUCCACCAGCAGAUCGGUCGUAUCCUUGGAGACGUAGCCCCCAGCUUGCUCCUCUCCUCCUUCUCAGAGACAGUGGCCUUUUUCUUGGGCGCCCUGUCCAGCAUGCCUGCAGUGAGGACUUUCUCCAUGUUUGCUGGCUUGGCUGUUUUUAUUGAUUUCCUGUUGCAGAUCAGCUGCUUCGUCAGCUUGCUGGGCCUGGACGCCAGGAGACAGGAGGUGAGUCUGGAGGAAGUGGUUCUAGAGGAGGGGUCACACGUGCAGAGUGGGAAGUUUACCAGAGAGGGGUCUCCUGCUGAUUAA